AUGUAUACAAUAGAGCAUCAACCACCACAAUCACGAUACAAUUAUAUUUCAAAUAAACUGCCAAAAUUAACUUCAAAUUCAAUACAUACUUUUAAUAUGUCACCAAGAUCAUCACCAAGGGAUAUUGAUUAUGAAGAAUAUAGUAGUCCAAGAAAUGCAAUCAACAGUACUUUUACAAAUCUGUUUGAUAAUUUAUCAUUAAAUAUACAAGAGCAACAAUCAACAAAUAUAAUUUCUCAACAACAACAACAAUUACUAUAUCAAUAUCAAUCUAUAAUAUCACAAUUGAAUAAAUUAAUAAAUUUAAAAGAUCCUUCACUUAUAUUGGAGAAUAAUAAAGAUUACGAAUUCUUUGAAAAAUUUAGAAAUGAAAAUAAUGAACAUCAAAAUGAAUUUUUCUCAAAUCUAAUAGUACCCAAAAACAUAUGGUUAAAAGAUGAUAUAAUUAUAAAAGACAUUAAAGUAAAAGUAACAAUGCUAAAUGAAAUAAAUGGAAUGAUGGAAUCAGAAUUAAAAAAUAUACAAAAUCAAUCUACUUUUGAAGAAAUUACAUUAAAUUAUUAUUCAAAAUUAUUAAUGGCAUAUAAAUUUUAUGAAUUACCAGUAAAACCCAAAUCAAACAACAACAACUACCGAAACACAAAUAGUAAUUAUUUCACAACAUUACAAGAAAAUGAUGAAGAAGAUGAAGAAUUUAAUACAUUUGAUAAACCAAUGUAUCGUACAAUAUCAAAUAAAUCAAAUUAUUCGAAUAGUUCAAAUAAUAAAAAUAGAAGAGCAAGUAAUGGAAGUUCAAUAUCGAAAAGAAGAUUUUCAUCAUUUUUAAGUAACCACAACAAUAAUAACAACAACGGGAAACAAAGUACUCUAAAUUCUCCAGAUCAUGAAGAAAAUGGGAAUAGAAAUCCAAUAACACCUCCACAAAUGUCAAAUUCAAGAUUUCCAUCAAAUCAAGAUAACAUAAGUCCAACUCCACAUUCACAACAAGAUAAUUCAUCUUUAUCAUCAUCAAUGACAACUUUAAAUUCAAUAUUAUCAAAACUGAAAUUAUAUAAUAAAAUGAAGAAAAAUAAUAAUAGAGAAUCAACAUCAUCAAUAAAUUCAAAUAUAUCAAAUCAUAGUCCAUUAAGUAAUAGAAGUAGUAUAAGUACAACCAACACAGGAACUACAUCAAUAGGAUCACGUAGAAAAAGUAUGAGAUUAAAAAACAAUAAUAACAGCACUAACUCCAGCAAUCAAAAUAAUAUAACUCCUUUAUCAUCAUCAACGAAUUUAAGUGGUAGUUAUAAUAAUUCGAGUGUUUCUUCAUUUGUUUCUGCAAAUACUAUAAUAGUACCAACUCCAAUAUUAAGUUCUGAAGAGGAAGUACAGAAGAAAGAAAAAUUAAAAGAUAAGAAUGAUUAUUAUUUACAAAUUGUGAAAUUAAAUAAUAUUAUUUCUAAUAUAUUGAAUUAUUUGAAGAAUGGUAACAACAGUAUGAAGUUAUUCAAAUUCUUGGACUUUAUAAAGAAAUACUUGAUCAAAUUUAUAAUAAUUGAUCUAUAUUCCAUGAUAUUACAAUACAUUGAAUCAUGA